UACCUACUGACUCCUCGCAACUCGACACGGACUUUGUUUGAUCGCCUACCUACUGACUCCUCGCAACUCGACACGGACUUUGUUUGAUCGCCUACCUACUGACUCCUCGCAACUCGACACGGACUUUGUUUGAUCGCCUACCUACUGACUCCUCGCAACUCGACACGGACUUGAAUUGCAAUCAUGCAGUGCAUAAACUGUGGUGUAGCCACGCAAAGACUGCGGCGUUAUCUCACCUCUUCUUUGCCUGCUGUUUUACUCAUGACCCUAGCGCGAUGGUUAACAAUUGAGGUUCCAAGGGAUGCCAAUAUUUGUCAUCCUUGUUAUGAAAUGCUGAGUUCAGAAGCAGCUAAUGGUGGUCGUUUAUUUGGCCAUACGAUGGUGUGCGUAACUUGUGGUCGUUCUCUGAGACGUGUACGACAACAUCAUACAGUGGAAAGAAACGAUUUGAUGAUGCAGGAUUUACCAAUAUCACAUCCAGCUUUUCAUCAUGCUACCAACUAUGUGUGUCAUCCCUGUUGGAUACGGCAUCAAAGGCGGACAAAUCAGGAUCUAAAUCGGUCAACUCUGCAUAGACUUGAACCAGUGCCUCAAGCUGGAGGUUCAAGUGAACCUGAGCCUCUAGCUGAAGCUGAACCGGAACCUGAACCUGUAAUUGAACCUGAACCAGCACCGAGACGUGUUCCCGAGCCAGAAUUAAACCUGCCAACCUAUAAAAGGGCUGCAAACACCUCUAGACACUGUGUAUUUGAUGGUUGUAUUACUGAAGAACAGCUACACGUGAUUCCAGCAUUUAUAAAAAAAAUGCUUAUUAUAAAAUAUAAUUUUUAUAUCCCUCGUUAUACGAAGGUAUGUGACUUACAUUUAAAUAUGAAUGUUUGGCACUUGCUGCUGGAAAAUAAUAAUAUGUACUCGAGUUUUACAGCAGAUCAAAUUGAAGAUAUAAUAUCUAUCGCAAAAUCAGAACUGCCAGUAUUUAAUUUUGAAAAGGUUUCUGAAAUGCCAAAUGUUUUAUGCCAUUAUUGGACUGGUUUGACAAUCGUCAAUUUUUUGAAUUUAUUUAGCAUCUUGCCUGCCCUCUCUUUUAAAAGGCCUAAAAAUGCGUUGGCUCUUUAUUUAGCUAAAUUAAGAACAGGGGAAUCUGACCGACGACUUGCAACACUUUUUGAUGUGUCACGUCCCACACUAACAGCAAUGCUAAAAAAAAUUAGAGAAUAUUUAAUGCAUUAUUUAGUACCUAAUUAUAUAGGCCCGAGCCAUAUAAAUCAUACGGACAUUGUAAACAGGAAUUUGAGCAUACCAAAUGCUGUCUUUGGUAAUGAGCAGAAUAGACCUGCUAUUGCCAUAUUUGAUGGCACUUAUAUAUACUUACAAAAAAGUUCAAAUUAUCUGUUCCAGAAAAAAACAUACAGCCUGCACAAAUAUGACAAUUUAGUUAAACCCUUUAUGAUUGUUUCGUGUGAUGGGCAUAUUAUUGAUGUUGUUGGACCAUAUGCUGCUACUCAAACUGAUGCCGAGAUUAUGAAUCAUUUGUUUGAAGCCGAAGACAGUCUGUAUCGACAGCUCUUUCAGCCUAAUGAUAUAUUUAUUUUAGAUAGGGGGUUCAGAGAUGCUAUACCACUACUACAAAGGUUAGGCUAUCAAAUCCAUAAACCUGAGUCACUGGAUCAUGGUCAAACACAAUUAAGUACUGAACAAGCAAACAAAAGCAGAAAAGUAACACUAUGCAGGUGGGUUGUAGAAGUGGUCAACGGGCGCUUUAAACGCGAUUUUAAAUUAUUUCGACAACGAUUUUUUAAUUUAGCUACACCCCACCUGAUGGAAGAUUUCAAAAUAGCUGCAGCCUUAAUUAAUAAAUAUCAUGUACUAAUCGAGGAUAGUCCAAACUCAGAUGAAAUAAUACAAAGAGUAGUACGUUUUAUGGAUCAGCCUAACAGUUUGGGAAUCUUUGUAAGGGAAAAUAAUUUGAAUAGGCAACGAUCAAUGUUCUUAAGAGUGGAUGGCAACCUGCCCCAAUUGGAGCAUUUUCCAAUAUUGGACUAUAGGCAAUUAAUAUUGAUGGCAUUAGGACCAUAUCAAGUAAAACAAGCUCGGUCAUAUUAUGGAGAGCAUAUUAGAGCAAAUGGUAUGUACAAUAUUGAAGUGUGCCCAGAUCUCGAACGAGUCAGUCAUUUAGGCGGAUCAAGACCUCAACUUUUAAGAGGCCGAAUAAAGUCAAGACAUAUCGGCCAAAAAAUAUACUAUGUUUAUAUUUUAUAUGAAACCGAGCCUACAAUCAAUCAUUUAGAUGACAUACUCUCAUAUUACUGCAGCUGUAUAGUGGGUAACAGAACUUUGGGCUGUUGUUGUCAUGUCAUGACAGUGAUCUGGUAUCUCGGAUGGGCCAGACAUCAGAACACAUUAUCAUCUCCAGCUACAUUUUUAGAUAAUGUGCUUAUCACACUUACAGCUUACGAAUAAAUAAAUACUAUGUUGAGAAAUCGCAUUUUUGUUGUUUUAUUUCAGUACCUUUAUGUUCCUCGGUAGAACUUUCAAAAGGAUGGGUCCUCAAAUGAACAUGGACAAAACUAGUCAUGAUAAACAACCAUGUGAAAUUGUGAGAUUACUUUUACCUCAGACUGACAGUCCAGUUGGGUAGAUCUAAUUUCGAGAAAGAGGUCCACUGUGUCUUCUCGUCCAACAUACCACAUUUUCUCAAGGCGAAAGUCUUGAAAGACAGAUGUUUGUUGCCAGUGAUGACAUUAUGACUCCGAAAUGUAGUCAGUCACAAUAUACCUCAUCAGAAGGCUUAAAGUCACCCAAAGGGCUACGGAAGGGGUGCUAUGCUCGCAGUAUCCUUGCGAAAUGAAAUGAAUGAAUGAUCUUUUAUGUCCUUGGUUACUUUGUGUUCAUUAUCUAGUAUAAGCAUAAUUGUUUACCUAUCUACCUCAUAUAUUAAUAACUUUCGGAUCAGGUACAUCAAAACGCCUUGGUAAAAGUUCAUAGCAAUGUUAUGUUUGAAGUUUUUGUAACGUUGUUUGACGUAGGAGUUACGCUACUUUAUUUUCAGGAUUGUGCAGAUAUCCCAAGUUUCUGGACUUUCUUAAUUACAAAAUAUUAAUUUUUAAUUAUGCGGCUUUAUUUAUUGCUAGGUACCAUAUUUAUUCAAUAUUUUUUUGUGCGGGUUAUGACGUCCAUACUUUGGUUUAGCCAUGU